CUGCAAAGAAGUUGUCGAGGUCGUCCCACGGUGAACACGAACACAGUGAGAACUCAGUCGCAGUCUCGGUACAGUGGCCUGGAGGUGCAAUCUAAAUUCUGCAGAGUCGGUGUGGUGGAUUUUGACAUGACCCCCAAACAGCUCGAGCACUGAUACUGCUGUAUUGUCGGUGACAUUUGAGGUUUAAGUGAGUCACAUGAGUCUCACGUGAUGCCGCUCCAGUCUCAUCCCCCGAUCGUUCCGUUUCCACAGCGUCUGGAAACACUCAGAUCCACUGUCACCCCAUUACAUCAGAGCGAAGCGCUGCUCUAUAUUUAUCAAAUCAUGGGACUCACCCGAGGAUAGACAGCAUGGUGCUGCUGAGACUACAGACGUCCUAGACCUUCACCUCUGCAGGGUCACAGCUGAAGCAGGACAGGUUAUAUUUCACCCUCUAAGUCAAAAUGGAGGACUUUGACUACAGUGUGGAGAUCUGUGAGCAAGACUGGGAAUGCUUCUUUGUGGAGUGCGAGGAGUGUAGCCUCCUUCCUCCUUCAUUAGCAGGUGUGGACGACUCGGGGAUGAGUGACAUUGAUGAUACACGGUCCAUUCUUUCUAAGAGGGUUGAGAAAGUCGACCUCACAGCAGGCUUUUCAGAGUCUGACCGCCCCAUCGAUGGCCCCCCAGACUGUGAGGGCUCUCCUGUGGAGCAUUACCUCAGUAAACACACCGUCGGUGGAAUGGAGAGCGUGCUCUCGGGCAGUGAGGAGGACAUACACCUGCAGUCUGUCAAUAUAUUCUUUGAAAGGUUGAAAAAUCUUACAGAGGCGGAGAGGCUUUCUGAGCCAAGCAAAGUGAGAGAUGGAAAAAAACAGGAGGCAAUACGUGAGGAGCAGCGGUGUAGUGGUUGGCAACAAGCCAGCAGCAGUUCUUUGCCAAAACACAUCCCCAAGUUAAGCUCCCUGCCAGCCAGCGGUGAAACAGCAGUUGGCAAAGAGACAACAAAGCCUGUCAACACCAUCAGCAACAUAAACACAAUAAAAAAAGGCAUGCCUGGUUCCAACACUUCCCCUGAACCUGCAGCCAGGAUCGCAGUGCUCAAGGCUAACAAAUCAGCGUACCCUGAAUCAAGGUUAUUCGUCAGAGAAGAUGCCUGUACAGAAACCAGAGUAAAAAAGGCAACGCAAGUGAAUCAGUCUCGAAACUCACCCGAGGGGGUCGUCUGCGCAGAAACAACACCUGACACUGCGAUAAAGGAGGAAACGGAUGAUGUUAAGCAGGAAGGUUUGUUGACAAGUCAGUUAACUCUCAGUAAAAAGUGUAGCACUGAUUCAUUGAGUAAUCUAGAAAUGGUGAAACAUGUUAAACGGAAGGAAGACCUUAAUGUUUUGCAGUCAGACGCAGCACGCACAAACAAAACAGCGAGCCAAGAAUCGUCUCCAUCUGCUUCUUCCAGAAGAAAGAGAAGGAAGAAAAGACGACUCGGCGUUGAGCCAGCUGAGGGUGGGCAUAGAUACGAGAGGCAGGUUUCAGUCAAGCCGAGUGACUCAGAGGAGGAGCAGUAUCCAUGGAGAGGAGGAACGAGUCUGUGUUUAUUUAAAAAUACAAAUUUGUCGCAUUUAAACGAACCACAAACAAAUUGUAUGUCCACUUUAACUACACAUUCUGCCACCAGCAAUCUCCCUGGGAAGAUAUCUGCUAAGGAGACCAAAGUGAAAGAUCCUCUAUGUGACAUACAAUACCAAUAUUUACCAGAAGGCUUCAUCAGAAAAGGAAGGUGUAAAGCAGCAGGCUCGUCUGAACAUAAUGCAACUAAUGAUGGGUUACUAACCCCACAAAGUCAAAAUGACAACAGUGAUAAUGUGGCAACUAAUUUACAGCCAUGCAGCAAAUUACAUGCAGAAGAAUCAACUGUGUUGCCCGUUUCAAUUACUAACGGUGUACCUGGUAAAUCACACCUGGCCACAGAAACGGCAAACUGUGAAAGAAAGGACACUCGUGCCGGGAGUCUCCGGCAGUCUGACAAAAUGAAUCAUUCUAUCAUUUGUUAUAAAAUUGAAGAAAAUCCAGAAUUUUGUACAGCAGAGGUCAAAUCAAUAAGUAUUUUACCAAGCGCAGAGUCAAAUGAUCCCGCUGUGGAAGUCAGCCAAAAUGUCAAACUGUCUUCUGCUAAGUCGGUCCUGGCUGUAGAGGCUGGACAUUCUGGCAGAGACAACCACACACUGUGUCGAAGAGAGGCUGAGCCCCAACAACAGCUGGAAAUUGACUGUCAAGACACAGACCGAUAUAGAUCUACACUGGAAAAUACUCACUUUCCUCUGGCUGCAUGCACUUCUGAUUCAAACAACACACAACUCAAGCAAUUUGAAACUAGAGCCUGUGCAUUCUUGGACGAGAUUUCCAGUGAUGCAUUACCUGAUAUACACCAUCUGGCUAAAAGUCCCUCCGGUUCAGAUAUGAGUAUUAAAGCACAGCAAACAGAAUAUCCUCUGGUGCGUCAGACAUUAUCCAAAUGUGAUGAUGUAUCAGAAAAAAACACAACAUAUGAGAGAACUGAAUUGGCAGCAUCACAAACGGUGGCUUGUCAAAGUAGGAAUCCCUUCUUAUCUGAUACACCAGUAUCAUCCUGCUGCACUCUGGACACAGCAUCUGUCAUGUUACUGUCAAAUGAAAAUAUCACAGACGUGUCAGGAAGUUCUUGUUUAUCCGUCGAUCAAAAUGACCCUGAAGGAGGAGACAAAACAUCACUAAUGCUGGCAAAACACGAGGAAGGAGAUGACACAUCUAAAUCCAAAAGCCUGUCUGCAGCAAAUGACACGACGGGUUCAAACUGGGAUUUAAUGGUCAAAGCAGAAGACGUCAUCUCAGCAUCUAAAGCAAAUUGUGAGCUUGAAAAGGCACCAGAUUCAAAAGAUUCAGUGUUCGCUAUGUCUUCUUUUUGGAAUGAGAUGGAGAAGCUGACAAUAAAUGAUAUUCUGGGUUUACGAAUGAUCAGCAAUGGUGCUCCACGCAGCUCCCUCACACCGUUACAGGAAUGUGAGGAGACCGACAUGUUUGCUAUGACUGAUUCAGGCUUUUUUACUCAUCUGGAUGAGUCCAAGCCUGAACAAACCAAUGAGGACACAUCCAGCGAUCCUUACCCUGCACAAUCAAGUUCUGUUAGCACAGUCUGUUCUUCCUCUGCUAGAGGUGUUAUGUGGGAGAGUCUAGGGGCUGAUACUUACCCUGAGAAUAUGAUGUUGACAUCUGCUGGGGACUUUUCCCGACCAGCCCACCCUGGAGGUGCUCAAACGUGCCUCAGAAAGAUUUCUAAAAAUGUAAGCAUACACAAUCUACAUGUCCUGGAUUCUGAGUCUUUCAGCUUCACACAGAAAGGCCACAUUUCACAGACCUUAGACGAAGGAGAACUACAAAAAGUAGAGUAUGUCAGUGAUGGACUCGUGCCUAAGCAAGACAAAGACGUCAACGCUUUAGCCUCAUUUUCAACAGACAGCUACAGAAUCUCUCUCACAGAUAUAUUUCGGUAUCUGUUCAGUGGAAAGCAAUCAAUUCCCAACCAAUCAGCCACAGAUAACAUAACCACCUGCUACACUGAUGGAAAUUCUGUCCCUGAAACGUAUGAUCAUUUCUUCUCCGAGUUUGAUACAGAAAGCUUCUUCUACCCUCUCAUCGCCAAAGAAGAGCUGGUUCCUAUCUUUUCCUCCUCUCGCUCAGCUAAUAGAAACCUGCAGUUCCCUGAGGCCUAUGAGCACUUCUUUUCAUCUUCUUCUUCUGAUGAUUCUUCUGGGGAAUCUGAUGAAGAAGAUGGUUGCGGUCCUGUGAGGGUGGUGACCAGGUUCAGCCUUACAUCAAGAGCAUCUCAGAUUUCUACAGACAUAUAUGAGAAUUUCUUCACAGAUAGCGACCUCAGACAGAACUUCUUUUGGAAAACCACACUCUCCUUCAGGAACAUUAGUUUGACCAAAUCUACAGUCCAGAAGGAAACACCCUCAAACCCUCUAUCUGCUGUACCUGUGAGGCAAGGUGGCAGAUCCAUUGAAAGGACAGUUCAUCCUCUAAAUGCUCGGGGAAAGAAAGACGUGAUGUUUCCUGAUCCACUUCUCUACCACCUGGAUGACAGGAUCUACUCACCACUAGCGCAGCAGCCUUUCAGAUACGAGGAUGUACAGACGACUGUUUCAAAUCCAAGGUUGGAUGCCUCCCUCCUGCCUCUCAGACAGUCAGACAUGUGUCUGGUCUGUAUUGCAUUUGCUUCGUGGGUGCUGAAGACUGCAAACCCCCAAGUUGGAGAUACCUGGAAGGCUGUUCUGCUGGCGAAUGUAAGUGCUCUGUCUGCCAUCCGAUACCUGCGUAAAUACGUCAAGAUGGAGGCAGCAGCCAGUGAGAAGAACGUGAAUUACACCGCCCCGUCUGAUUCUUGAUGUCUUGGCCUGUAAAUACGUCAUGCUUAAAAUUAAACAUUCUUCCACAUGAACACCUGAUAUGAGCACGUGCAAGUCCGUCCUUCGAGGAAUUUGUCAUGUGUUUGAUGUGCCGUUACAUGUUUGCGUUACGUAAUUGCACUAUGAUUGCUUCAAGUCGUAUUAAUCUCUCCAUUGAAUGGACAUGGAAAAGGGGUUGACUCUAAUAGCAGGUUUUUUGGCUUCCAAUCUUCAUUUGGCUGACAUUUUGACCUUCAACGUCAGAAAGCAUUCAUAUGAAAUAUUAAACGACCAAAUGCAAGUAUUUAUCAGAAAGAAGGCUUUAGACAUUUGUAAAUAAGGUUUCAGUAUGCGCAUACUGAAGGAGGAUUAGAGGCAUGUUCACUCAGAGCUGUACAGAGAUGUUAGACGGACAUGGAUUAACUUUAGGCACUUGAAGAGUUGAGGAUGGUUUGUUUCCAUCCCAUUAAUUUAUCCAAAACUACUGUUAAAUAAUUGAACAUAUUUUACAAAUUGAGAUGGUGACUAUCUUUUGUAGUGUAUUCCAAAAUACUAAUUUAAUCAAACAGGGUGAAUGUAUUCUGUGUCAGUAUCAGUUUAAUAAUAUAUAACGGGCAUUUUAUGUUUAUGAUUUGUUUUUUGACGACUGUACAGCAUUUUGCCCUUUAGGCUGCUCUGGGAGAUGUUGAAGUCUUUGAGUUUAACUUCAGUGAACAGCAUCUCUGAGAUAUGUGCUGUCAAAAGUACUCAGACCUGAAGAUGAAACUUUUAAACACUAGAUGGCAACGUAAGCUCAUGUGAGAAGCUGGACUAUCCCAGCUGAGUGAGCUGCAGUGUUCAAAUAAACUAUACUUGAUCUUCAGUAUAGACCCAAACUAUUAGUUCAAGUCAUUAAUUGGCAUAAUUUAUGGUAAUAAUGUCUUUAUUCAACAUUAUUGUAUUCACAGGAGAUCCUGUUCUCUUUUUUAUAAAGAUUCAUGCAUGUUUUUCUCCAGCAGAGGGCUAAGGUGAGCUAAAACAUAUAAAGUGUCCUUCUGUUGAGCACAGCACAAACAUUAAACGGAUUAGAUUUGUCAUGCAAUCUUGAAUAAUAGUGCAUGUCACAACUGGACAAUGCCUUUACAAAUCUCACUGGUUCACCCAUGAGGGCUCUAUGCUAUUAUUGUUUUUAUGUCUGAAUAAAAUCUUGGCAAUUA